GCCCCUAGUAACCGCCCGCCCCAAGCCAGGAUCUGCGAGGUCGGGGGCGGCGCCAGCUCACCCGCCCCGGGCCGGCGCGGGCGCUGAGGCUCGAGGCGGGGCGAUGGCUUCCCCGCACCGGGCGGCCAGGCAGGCGGCCGCCAGUCUCCACCUGCCGGUAAAUCCCACCACCGGAGCAAGGGGCGCCCAGUACGAACACGAAGACCCCUUAGAGUCCUUGGUAGCAGCGGCGUUGGCGGCAGCCGUGGAGGAGGAACAGACAGGGAUGCGGCCGGCGCGGGCGUCGGCUGGUGGUAACAGCUUUCCUAGGGAGAAUGAAGGUGUGACACUCCAGGACAUCAUGGACUUUUCUGAGAUUUACCACUCUAAUGAAGAGUAUUUCAGGAAACUACGAGAGCUGAAAGCUGCCCAUGCAGAAACCAUGGCAAAAUUAGAGAAAAUGUACCAGGACAAGCUAAAUAUAAAAGACAUCCGGCCAGUGAUCAUCAGGGAAGAUUCUUCUAGUGUCUCCUCUGGUUCUGCAUCGGAAAAGGACUGCCCUCACCCUGUCUUGUUAGUGACAUCGUUUUCAGAGCCUGAGGUAGGCCGGUCACCCUCCUUGUCCAGCACUUCUGACGAGGAGCUGCCCAACCUGGAGACAGAGGCUCCCAGGGGAAGCAGAUUGACGUCCUAUGCCAAGGAGCUCAUCAACAACAUGUGGACUGGCUUUUCUGUAGAAGAUUAUAUUCAGCACGACUCUGACUUCCAAACAGCUAAGAAGACAAGGAAGAAACCCAAAACCUGGGUGCCCACCAUUACAGUGCCCGUGCCCUUUCAAAUGACGCUCAGGGAGCAGAAGAGGAGGGAGGAGGCCCAGAAGGCCCGAGCGGAUCUGGAAAGGGACGACGACGACGAAGACGACGUGGAGUGCAAGAGGAAAUUCCGAGCCAAUCCUGUGCCCCCCUGCCUGUUCCUCCCCCUGUAUGAGGAUCUGGUCAGGCAGAAGGAAGAGCAACGGAGGACCGCCAGGGAGAGGAACAAAGCCGCACUCCUGGCCUCCCAGAGGCCGUUCAAGUUCAUUGCCAGGGAGGAGCAGAAGCAGGCAGUCCGUGAGAAGCAGCUGAGAGACCUUUUUAAGUCUAAGAGGAAAACAAAGCGCUUUAAAGCCAGACCCAUGCCUCAUUUUAUUUACAGGUCGGCUUCCAAUGACAAGUCGAAGGAAGAAGAGCUCUUUAGGAACAUCAGGAUGCAGCUAAGAGCCCAAGAACUGCUGCAGAAUCCAUCCUGGCCCUAUAGGCCAGCUGGCAGACCUUUCAGGGACCCCAGGAGUCCUGGAAAGCCACGGGGUAAACACAGGUGUAGGUGCCUGAGCCCUGAUAAUGGAGACUUUGCUGAGAACCGACGGCAGGAGCCCUCCUCAGAACACUGCUUCCUGAACCCCUCCACUCUUUAUAAACAGUGUGGUCUUCAGGAAUCCCCGUGUGACUCUGCUAAAAGACAGAAAGUCUUGGCAGACAUGAGAGCAGUCGAAGAACAUCUGAAAGAAACAUGCUGGCCUUAUCUGUCUCCAAGGCGGAUGUCCCCAGUCAGAAGUCCGUGUGCAAAGCCCAGGCCUGGUCUGUGGAGCCCUCCAAUGCCUACCCUGUCUUCCCGAGGGCGGGAACAAGCCAUCAGGAAAUCACUUGAGGAAAAGAAAAUGUUGGAAGAAGAGAGAAAUCGGAUCCUAACUAAACAGAAGCAAAGAAUGAAAGAAUUGCAGAAGCUCUUGGCAACCCGAGUUAAAGCUUAUGACUCACAUCAGGGCUUAGCCCAGAUGUCUAAAUCCAGAGUAAACCAUCUCAGAGAGAGUGAAAAGGCAAGGAUGAAAGAGUAUCGACAAGAACUGGAAGAACGAGAUGAGAAACUUCAGAAGAGGCCGAUGCUGUUUGAAAGAGUUGCCCAGAGAAAUGCAAGAUUGGCAGCAGAAAAGCAUUAUUCUGACACCCUAAAAGCACUAGGCCUGUCUGAGGAGUUUGUUACAGAGAAAGGCCAAGGUGGAAACGUGUCUGAGAACAUCACCAGGCCAGAGCCGAGAAGCCACACAUCGGAUAAAGAAAGCUCUUAUGAAGAAGAAAGAGAGAAUGAGGAAGAAAGCUCUUUUCUUGAUGUCAACAUCCAGGAUUCUCGCAAGGAAAGCAUGGGAGAUGUUAAAGAAAGCAGAGAAGAAAAUUCUGAAGAGUGAACCUGAGUCAAAGGCUUCCGCUCACGGAGCCCUUCCUUCCGCACGCAGCCUCAGGACCUCAGCCCCGCACCGUGCUGCCCUGAA